GUCCGUCCCGGUUGAUUCUCUUUGAGGAAGCGGUGAUCGACCAUCAGCUAUUCAACUCCACGAAAACACCGGAUCGCCGGGACUGUUUGUUUUCUAAACUUAAAACCCGAGAGAGUUUAAGCCAUGGCUGGACCUGUCAGUCUGGACUUGGAUCCCAUCUUCCUAAAGGGUCUGGGCUACCUGCACUCCAAGAGUAAAGACUCAGUGGAUAAACUCAAAGCUUUACUAGAGGAUUCCCUCUCAAGAGGAAGUGACUCAUCCUAUCGUUCAUCACUAAAGGACAUAGAGGUGUCCAAGGGGUCUGUGUCCAAACUGAGCUUGAGUAAACAGGACUCCAAGUCCUCGUCGAGCUCCUCGUCCUCCAGCAGCAGCAGUGGCAGCAGCAAAUCCAGCUCGGAAAAAAUCAAAAAAGAGGUAGAGAAGAGACCCGUUGAGAAGGUCAGGGUUGAGUUGGCUGAGGUGGAACCUCCCAAAAAGCCUCGUUUGGAGAAACCGGAGAAUCGCGCUUCUCCGAUUACCGUCCAGACAAGCAAAGACCUCCUGCCAAACAUUAAUGAUUAUGAUGAGACCAACGCUGAUGACUUUGCCAUGGAAAUGGGCCUGGCCUGUGUGGUUUGCAGACAAAUGACCGUAACCAUGGGCAACCAGUUGGUGGAGUGCCAAGAGUGCCAUAAUCUGUACCACCAGGACUGCCACAAGCCCCAGGUGACAGACAAAGAAGUCAACGACCCACGGCUUGUGUGGUAUUGUGCCCGCUGCACCAGGCAAAUGAAACGCAUGGCCCAGAAGCCUCCACAGAAACCGUCCCCUGCCUCUGCAUCAUCAGCGCCUGUUGUAAAAGACACACUGGUCAAAAAGACGGAGCUGAAAUCCAAACCUGACACAACCAGCACCUUCCAGGCCUUUAAAAGAACAGAGGUGAAGGCAUCCACAACAUCAGCCACCCCCACCAGUAGCAGCUCCUCCUCCAGCAGUGGUCUUACAGGCUGGGCUGCAUUCGGAGCCAAGACGAGCGCUGCUCUUCCUCCCAGCUCCAAACUGGGUUCCUCGGGUCCAAGUGGGAGCAGCAAGACCGUGACAGCACCCUCUGGCCAAAAACCUGCCGGGCUGUCUGGACUGGCGGGAGCAAAAUCAGGACCUGGGAGUACCAAGGUACCAGGUGGUGGUAACGGAAAUGGCUCUAGUCAGGUGCCCCUGAAACCUCCUCCACCCCUGACUCUGGGUAAGCAGCCACUGAACCGCUCCUCGAGCAGCGAAAACCCAGGGAAAGGCUCUGCUUCGUCAGGGGCCGGCUCCCCGGGUAGCGCCCAGGCAAGCGCCGGGGGCAACGGAGGCAAUAACGGAGGAGGUAACGGGAACAAUGGGAACGGGUCAAAGGCUGCACCGGGGGACAAAGCGCCAACUUCUCAGGAGUCUCAGCUCAAUGCCAUGAAACGGUUACAGCUGGUGAAGAAGAAAGCAGCGCAAAAGAAACUGAAGAAAUGAGAAGUGGUGGAGAGGAAAGAAAAAUAAGAGGGGGAGGAGAGAAUAAACCUUGCAAACGUGUGAAAUUUGUGACAAAAUAAUGUUUGUAUGGCAAGAGCAUCUGUACAUGGAUUGACACGAUCCAGUCAAAUACUUGAAUCUUACUUUGCGUAAAUGCUGCUGGACUCUGUGUGCGUCAUUUUGCCCUAACGAAACUAAACAUUUAUAAUGUGACUGUCAGUUUUUAUCGACGAAUGUCAUUAAAU